CUGCACCACUGGAGAAUGGAAGGAACGUGUAGCCAUUGGACAUUGGCGCAUGCGCAGUUCUGGUCACCGACGCCAUUUUGUCGCGUGCAAGAAAUUUUGGAGAGUAGGCUGAACGCUGGCGCCAAGACCAGUCUGAGUCGUUCAAACGCAAAGUUAGACAGCGCAGUUUUAUCCCUGAAUUUUUCAGUCAUGUCUGAAAACACGUCGGCGAUAGAUUCGGGGGCUGGAGAGGCUCUUGAAGCCGCCGGGGUUCGAAAAUUAUCGGAGCUGAGAGUCAUCGAUCUGCGGGCCGAGCUGAAGAAACGAAACCUGGACAUCAGCGGGAACAAGAGCAUACUGUCAGAGCGCCUCAAAAAGGCCAUUGAGGAGGAAGGAGGCAAUCCUGAUGAAAUAGUGGUUCAGCUUGAAAUCACUCCUAAGAAAACACCCAGGAGAACUCCUAAAGGGAAGAGAGCAGAAGCAGAUGAAUCAGAGGACUGUGCACUGGAAGAGGAGUCUGUCGAUGGCCAGGACGAUGGUGAUGCACAUGGAGAGAGCGUUCAUGACAUGGACAUCAUGGACAUGAAUGUUCUGGAUGAAGCCGAUAUCGAUAACAGCAUGAUGGCCGAAGACGAUGAAUAUUACGAGAAUGACCUUCUGAACACGUUUUCGAAUGAAAACAAUGCAGAAGACUUUGCAGAUUCUGAUGCACUCAAAUCUGAGUCAGAAGAGGAUAUGGAAACUAAAGAUGCAGACUCAGAAGAUCACCAGAAACCGGAUACUCAGGGAUCUGAUCCACAGGAGGAACGUGAAUACAUGACAGAAAGUGAGAAAGUAGCCGGGUGUUGUAUAUCAGAGCCACUUAACGAGGAGCUGACUGAAGAGGAGAACGCUUCACUGUGGGAUGAUUCUCGCAAGGAAGAGGAGGACAAUGUGUCCAACCUCGGUAAAGCCGAGGAGGCCGGCAAUGUGGAAGGAGACAUUGACGCCUCAGAGCAAAGUGAAGUCCAACCGCCAUGUGAGGACCAACAAGGCGUUAAGGACAAUUCGCCGGGUGCCGAGAGCACCUCCGCUCAGGCUGCUAACGCAAAUGAAACGGGCUUGCACAAAAUCGAAAGCGCCGAUUCAGAAAGCGUGGCGAAGGCCGAGGGGACCAAGGAAGACACGAAGACUGAAGAGAGUGCUGCAGAAUCUUCAGAAGUGAAAGAGUCCUCAGUAGAGGGUGGUGAUCAGAAAAGCAGUGAUGAAAAAUCAAGUAAGCCUGACUCAAAAGAUGACAAAGGUGGUGCUGCAAGUAGUGGAAGGAACCUGUGGGUCAGCGGCCUCUCGUCAACCACAAGAGCGACUGAUCUGAAGAAUCUGUUCAGCAAAUAUGGCAAGGUGGUGGGUGCUAAAGUGGUGACGAACGCUCGGAGCCCAGGAGCUCGUUGUUACGGUUUCGUGACAAUGUGCUCUACAGAGGAGGCCACCAAGUGCAUUGACCACCUGCACCGGACCGAGCUGCAUGGCCGCAUGAUCUCUGUAGAGAGGGCCAAGAAUGAACCGGCUGGGAAGAAACCUGCAGACAGAAGCGACACUAAGAAGACAAGCAGUGACAGGAGACACUCGUCAGAGUCCAAGACUGAAAAAUCUGAUAGCAAGGAUGAGAAAACUGAAGGCUCAGAUGAUAAAGCUGCUGGGGAGAGGACCGUCGUCAUGGACAAAUCAAAAGGAGAGCCUGUUAUCAGCGUCAAAACCAAGAGCAAGGAGCGGAGCACUAAGAGUCGUGACCGCAAGUCGCCGAGCCGAGAGAGAAAGGACAUCCUUUCAUUUGAUCAAAUCAAAGAGCAAAGAGAGCGCGAGAGGCAGAGGCAACGCGAGAGAGAGAUCCGAGAAGUGGAGAGACGCAGGCACUCUGGCGGUGACCGUGACAGUCGCAGCGAGCGUGAGCGCAUCCGUCUGUUCCGCGAACGUGAGGAGCGUGAGAGACUGAUGCGCAAGCGUAACUGGCUGGAGGUAGAGAAGCAGCGGCUGGACGCCGAUCGUAUGGAGCGGGAGUUCCUGGAGCGUGAGCGCUUGCGAGUGGAGUAUGAGCGCCGACGUGAGCAGGAGCGAAUUCACAGAGAGCGUGAGGAGCUGCGUAGACAGCAGGAGCAGCUUCGCUACGAACAGGAGCGCCGUCCACUCAAGAGACCCUACGACAUGGACAGCAGGAAAGAUGAGUGGCCGGUAAAGAGGAUGCCCAUGGAUGACCGAUAUGGACGCUCAGAUUUUGGUCGUCAGGAUCGCUACCAAGAUUUCGACCACCGAGACCGCAGCCGCUACCAGGAUGACAUGUUUAUGGACAGGCGAGAUGGUCCCAGAGGAGGCAUGCCUGCAGACAGAGACGGCCAGCACUUCUCUGAUCGGGACCGGCACAACAGAGACUCUCGGGAUAACUGGAGUGGAGGUGGUUAUGACAAGCGGCCAAUGAAUGCCCCAAGGCCGGUCCCUGGCAGAGAUGGCCGAGACUGGGAGCCUGGGCGUAAGAUGGACGGAGACAGACCCUGGCAAGGAGCAGACCGGGGCAUGCCAGGCCAGGGUCACAUGACCCGAGGAGGAAUGGCUGGCCGGGGUGGAUACAUGCAGACCGGGACGUCCCAGUCUCUAUCUGGAACCAUGAACCGACAGAAUCAGAUGAUGCAGGGAGGCGGCGGCAUGCAGGGGGCCGGAGCUUUCGGCCGCCGUUACUGAUCCACUUUUCCUCCUUUCAGCCUUUUUUUUUAUACAUAAUUGUGAUCUCGCAGCUUGUAUAUAGCUUCUAAAGCUUUGUAAAUUUGUUCAGCUUUUUAAAGAUGCUUUCUGUUGGCCCUAUAAAGACUGACUAAACUAUUACAAAGUACAAUAUGUCAAGUUUUAUGUUUUGUUUUUCCCCUCAAGUUCACAAUUUUUAGAAUGUCUUGGUUUUUCUAAUGCUCAGGAAUGUUGUGAGAAGCUGAAAUCGUGCUGCAGACAAGGCGAGUUUCAGUGAAGUCUUCACAUUUUUGUUUUAUUUAAAUGGAUACAGACGUGAUUUUUCUUUAGGUCAUGUUACGUGGAAUUGUUCCUCAACCCUUGUAGUCAAGUGAAUUGCGUUUGUAAUGUUAACAGAUGGCGCUGUUGUGUUGUUCUUAUUUCCUUAGGACAACUCCUGUAACAUUCUUACAAUCGUGACUGUGUGCAUGCUCAACAUUUUUCCCCCCGGUUGAUGAGUGAAUAAAGUUGUUUCGUAAAACACA